UCCUCUCCAUUAACUCUCUUUGGUCCAUUGCAUUACCUCUUUAAGCCACUUCUGUUCUCCUUUGGAUCUGUAUACAGUUCUCUUGGUUAAUUUGCAGCAGAAUUUAACAAAACGAUUGCAAACUAUGGGCAGGCUUUGGACUUUACUCUGCCAUCUCCACUCUUUUGCAGGGCCAACCAUCAUGCUCUUGUAUCCCUUGUACGCAUCGGUUCGAGCAAUUGAGAACCCAUCGAAGCUCGAUGACGAGCAAUGGUUGGCUUAUUGGAUUUUGUACUCCUUCCUAACUCUCAUGGAGAUGGCGGCUGAGCCCAUAUUAUAUUGGAUUCCUAUGUGGUAUGAAAUAAAGGUGGUCUCUGUAGCAUGGCUGGUACUGCCACAGUUCAGGGGUGCCUCAUUCAUGUAUGAACGGUUUAUUAGAGAGCAACUCAGGAAGUAUGGGGCCAAAAUAGGUGCAAAUGGGGUCCACUCCUCUAAGAAGGGAGAGGAGUUGCACCGAGGAAGAUAGAUUAAUGGUGACGAGCGUUAUAGAUCUUGGCUUCUCUUUUCCUUCUUUUCUUUUGGGGUAAAAGAAAAGUGUGAAUAUGAUGUUUGUGUUCCAAUUUCUUUUCCAUAUGUAAUAUAAAACUUUAGGACCUUUAACUAAAGUGCUGAUUGAUUUA